CUGGGCCGCGGGCCCGGGAGGCGGGGGGCCGGCGGGAGCCAAGCCGAGGAAGAGGGCGGAGCGGCUCUCCGGGCGCGUCAUCGGAGCACCAUGGCGGACCUGGGAGCCGGCGGCGACCGCCACACGGGCGGCGAUGGCGCUGCGCAGAGCGAAGCAGCACCUGACGGCAACAAAGUGCAAGAUAAGAAAACCACUGCCUCCAACCGGCCCUCCUCUGCUAUUUCAGGACCAAAUAGCAACCACUCAGGAAAUAAACCAGACCCUCCACCUGUGCUGCGGGCUGACGACCGGCAGCGGCUGGCGAGGGAACGGCGUGAAGAGCGGGAGAAGCAGCUAGCUGCCAGGGAAAUAAUCUGGUUAGAGAGAGAAGAGCGGGCCAGGCAGCACUACGAAAAGCACCUGGAGGAGCGGAAGAAGAAGUUAGAAGAGCAGAGACAGAAGGAAGAACGGAGGAGGGCUGCUGUGGAGGAGAAGCGAAGGCAGAGACUUGAGGAGGACAAGGAGCGCCAUGAAGCCGUUGUACGACGUACAAUGGAAAGGAGCCAGAAGCCAAAACAGAAGCACAACCGGUGGUCAUGGGGAGGUCCUCUUCACGGGAGCCCCAGCAUCCACAGUGCAGAUCCAGACAGGCGGUCAGUUUCCACCAUGAAUCUUUCGAAACAUGUUGAUCCCGUCAUUAGCAAGCGGCUCUCCUCCUCAUCUGCAACUUUACUAAAUUCUCCAGAUAGAGCUCGCCGCCUGCAGCUCAGCCCAUGGGAGAGCAGCGUGGUUAACAGAUUGCUGACGCCCACACAUUCGUUCCUGGCCAGAAGUAAAAGCACAGCUGCCUUGUCUGGAGAUACAGCAUCUUGCAGCCCCAUCAACAUCAUGCCCUACAAAGCUGCACACUCUAGAAACCCGAUGGAGCGACCAAAAUUCUUUGUAACACCACCCGAGGGCUCCACGCGAAGGAGGACUGUUCACGGCACAGCGGGCUAUAAAAGAGAGAGGGAGAGAGAAAACGUACCCUUCCACCUCAUACCUGGUGCCCAAAGGGCUCUAUCUCCAUCUCAUCCCAAAGCCAGAUUGCCAGCUUCCUCCCGACUUUGGCUCCCAUCCAAGUCCUUUCCCCAUUUGCCUGGCACCCCCAGACCAGCAUCCUCCACGCCUCCUGGACCAGUCAAAGCUGCCCCUGCUCAGGUCCGGCCCCCCUCGCCCGGCAACAUCCGCCCCAUCAAGAGAGAAGUCAGAGUGGAACCUGAAAGAAAAGACCCUGAGAAGGAUCCUCAGAAAGUUGCCAACGAGCCCUCACUAAAGGCCAGAGCACCUCUGGUGAAGGUAGAAGAAGCCACAGUUGAAGAGGGGACAUCGGUUGAGCCAGAGGUUGUCCCUGCUGCUCCAGCGGCAGCCUCAGCUCCAGCCCUGGCCCCGAUACCAGCCCCAUCACCCACUGUGACUGCCAGUGCUUCUCCAAAGACCUCUGCGGGCACCACUGACCCAGAAGAGGCCACGAGGCUGUUAGCUGAGAAAAGGCGGCUGGCCCGAGAGCAGAGAGAGAAGGAGGAAAAGGAGAAGAGGGAGAAGGAAGAGCUCGAAAGACAAAAGCGAGAGGAACUGGCCCAAAAGGUGGCUGAAGAGCGAUCCCGCCGAGAGGAGGCGGCCCGCCGGCUAGAAGCUGAGCAAGCCCGGGAGAGGGAAGAGCAGCUGCGGCGGCAGGAGGAAGAGCGGGCCCGGCGCGAGCAGGAGGAGAUGGAGCGGGUCCAGAAACAGAAAGAAGAAGAAGCUCGUAUUCGGGAAGAAGCAGAGAGGGUCCGGCAGGAACGAGAGAAGCAUUUCCAGAGAGAAGAGCAGGAGCGCCUGGAGAGGAAGAAGAGACUUGAGGAGAUUAUGAAAAGAACCAGAAGAACAGAAGCUGCAGAUAAGAAAACUGUUGAUCAGAGAAACGGAGCUCUCACUGGAGGAACAGGCCUGUGAGAUAGGAGAUGCCUUAUCUUGGAGUCAGCAAGCAUUUCCGGAAAUGUUUUGCGUGCCAGGCCCUUUUGUAGGUGCUAGGAUUCAGUGUGAACAGGUCAGGCAAGGUCCCUACCCUCUAAGAACACUCAGAUUGAGGGACGCAGCUGGAGUCCAAGUCAUCAGCUUGUAAUUAGGCUCCUUCCAUGAUUCCAUGUGUCUUCAUGAUUGUACACACAGGUGGUUGAUCGAUAGCUCAUUAUUCAGUCUUCCUCUUUCAUCAUCUGCAAUAUCAGCAUGAAAGAAAGGACCAGAGAUACCUCAGUUUCUUUUUGCUGUUUCUUAAAGACUGGAUGGAGUAAAGAUAUAGUGAAAUGAUUUACAUGAAAGAAUAUUCUCUGUAAACUCUAGGAGUUUUCAAAUGUGAAAUGUUGGUAUUUGGGGAUUUGGUUUUACUUCAGUAGAGGCUAUCCUAGUUCCUCUAUGUCACAAUCCCUUCAUAGUGGUGUUUUAAAGAUGCCCUAAUUACAUUUGUUUGGAGAAUAGCCUAAUGGUUGUGUAUUAAUCGCACUGCAUUUUUAACAGGUUGUCUCCAAAAACAUUGACAUAUUGCACUUGGGGGCUUGAAGCAGGCAUGGCACCCAGUGAAUGAUCAGAAUGAGCAUUUUCAGAUGUAAAUUGCAGCGACUGAGGAUUAUUUGAGGAGCUAAUGCUGUAGUUUUUGCAUGGCCAGGCUCCUUGUUGGAUUUUUUGUUUUUCCAUCUUUCUUCUUCCUGCUGUUCCCCUAUCAAUUCUUUUAAUAUUCUUUACACCUCAAGUUUGAGAAUGAACAGUGGCAAGAGGGAAGGUGAAACUUGUCAAUCACCACCCGUGCUUAUCAACUCAUAAUAAAUUUUGUUUGAGUUCAUACUGCUAAAAAGAGGCCUGAGGAUUAUCUAACACAUGUUCCUCUUCUCCUGGUCCCACAUGUGGUUGAGGACUAAAUGGUAUCACCAGUGCUCCAAAGAGAAUUCUAGGCUGGGCAGGCAAGUGAGUUUGCAGACCUAUCAGAAUUCUCAAAAGCUGGUAAUAGGCAUCUUCUAAGUUAUUGACCUCUUCUUUGCUUCAGUUACUAGAUUCUUUGUACCUCUGAUAAUUUUAUUGAAUUUAUACUAGGCUGUGAAAUAACACUUCUUUGGAAUUAUUUCAGUUAUUCUCUCACAUCAAGCUGAAACCAUAAACUGCCACAAAGGUCCCUGAAACUGUGACCUAUAUACGUUUUACAAGACUUUACAUAAACCUGGGCCAGAUUUUAAAGUCAGUCAUCAAAAAGAUCUCAUUAGGGGCUUCCUAGGUAGCACAGUGGUUAAGAAUCCACCUGCCAAUGCAGGGGACAUAGGUUCGAUCCCUGCUCCAGCAAGAUCCCAUAUGCCAUGGAGCAACUAAGCCCGUGUGCCCCCC